AUGUGGCCUGUAGCCACCGCGCCAACGUCUUUGCCAGAACCAGCCCCAGCUGGGAGUGUGGAGGUGCGCUGCCCCCGGCAAGCAUCUUUUCCUGGCAAUUGCCUGCAGGUGCUGUGCGAACUUUUGUUCACCUCGUAUUUCUUCUUCUGGCCUGUUGGCACAGUCGUUUGGCUUGCUCUGUCGCCGUGGGCGCUGGGCGCAUGUUCGUGGAGGGCUUUGUGGUCCUUUUCCGCUCUUUACACCAUACAGCUCUUCGCAUACAAACCUCACCUGGGGAAAGGUUGGCCGUUCCACUGGCUCCUUUAUGGGCCACUUGUGGACUAUGUCCUUUCAUACCACAACGCUACAAUCAUUAGAGAAGGCCCUGCACCAGACCCCAAGGGUAAGUACCUCUUCGCAAUGUAUCCCCAUGGUGUCUACGGAGUUUGCCGAGCUUUCUCUGGCGGAGUGGGGUGCUGGCGCACACUCUUCCCAGGCAUCUCUGCUCGUUGGGGCAGCUUUGGCGCAGCUUUCUUCCUACCAGGCAUCCGCGAGAUGUCGCUUUUCAGCGGCUGCCUAGAUGCCUCCAAGCCAAUUUUGGAGCGUGCUAUCUCUCGAGGUGAGAACCUGAUUCUUCUUCCAGGAGGUAUUGAUGAGAUGAACCUGACCGAUGGUGAGUCCAAGGAGACCCAGCUAGUGAUGACGGACCGGAAAGGCUUCGUCAAGAUCUCCAUUGAGAACGGCUUGGACAUCAUUCCAGGCUUCUGCUUUGGCGAGAAGUGGAUCCAUCAUACCUUCCGUCUUCCACAUUUUAUUCAGAGCCUUCUGCGGCCCUUGAGGCUCAGCGGCACUUUGUCGGCAGCCUAG